UCAGUGGAGCGCGCUGCAGUCUGGCAGGAGUUGAAGAAGACGAAGCAAAACAACACGCUCUACUUUUCCCCUCUUUCUUUUUCUCCAGUCGCUUUCCAGCGAAGCACAGAGCGCUGCCCUAAUCAGGAUAUCCCCUUGUUUUGCGCGUGGCUGAACCCACUCGUUCCACCCAGCGGAGCGGACUGAGGGAGAGAGAGAGAGAGAGGUUACGGGCAACUAACAGACUUCAGCAGCAGCGGUGCAGUGCUCAAGACUGCCGUCCGUGGCAGGGAUGGAGGCCGUCGGCGCAUUCGUGCUGUGCUGGGUGAUUAACUGCGCAUGGAUGCCGUUGUGUUCAGGCUCACGAAUGAAGUCUCCUGCGCUGCCUAUACAAUCUGAGCGCGAGCCGGUUCCAUCGAAAGGACUGUCGGGGUGCUCCUUCGGUGGCCGAUUCUACUCUCUGGAGGACACCUGGCAUCCGGACCUAGGAGAGCCAUUUGGGAUCAUGCACUGCGUCAAGUGCAACUGUGAACCACAGAGGAGUAAAAGAAAGGUGUUUGGGAAGGUGAGCUGCAGGAACAUUAAGCAGGACUGUCCUGAAGCCAAAUGUGCUGAGCCUGUGCUGCAACCUGGACACUGCUGCAAGACCUGUCCUGAUGGGGACUCCAGCAGACAGCCCCUGGAGUCUCUGUUUGAUGGCUAUGAGUAUUUUCAGGAGAAGGACGGGGACCUGCACAAGUCCUACAAUGACCGCUCCUACCUCAGUGCAGAGGCGUCCAACCCCACAGACACCCGCACAGAUUUUGUUGCUCUGCUGACGGGUGUGUCCGACUCCUGGCUGCCCAGUUCCAGUGGGGUGGGACGCGCUCGGCUCACUCUAACUCGCACCGGCCUGGCAUUCUCCAUUACUUACAACAGCUUUGCACGGCCCAGUCGUAUCAUGUUUCUGGACUCCGAUGGAAACACUGCAUUUGAGUUCAGCGUACCCAAGGCUGACACAGACAUGAUCUGUGGCGUGUGGAAGAAUCUUCCCAAGUCUCAUUUAAGACAGCUGCAGGCGGAACAACUGCGCGUCUCCAUGGUAGCAUCCAAUGGGAGAAGAGAGGAGAUCAAGGGACAGGUCAUCAAACACAGAGCGCUGUUUGCAGAGACGUUCAGUGCGAUUCUGACCUCAGAAGUGGAGCAUUCUGGGAUAGGUGGCAUGGCCAUGCUGACGCUGAGUGACUCGGAGAACAACCUCCACUUCAUCCUGAUGUUACAAGGACUUACCACACACUCUCACACAGACCUGGUGCCCAUUCGGCUCCAGCUGCAGUAUCGACAACACACACUGAGGGAGAUCCGAGCCAACAUCAGUGCUCAGGAUGCAGACUUUGCAGAGGUGCUCACAGAUCUCAACGUUCGCGAGCUGUUCUGGCUUUCCAGAGGCCAGCUGCAGAUCACCGUGGAAACGGAGGGCAAUGACCCGCGUGUGAUCUCUGGCUUCAUCACCGGCAGGAAGUCAUGUGACAUCCUGCAGAGUGUGGUGGUGGUGGCUGGCCAAAGGGUGAUUACGCGGACGCUGGAGCUGGUCCACGGCGGCACGGAGCAAGCGAGCCGCUCUGUACCAUUGUCCGAGGGCUGGGGGGCGGAGUCUGGGAAGGGGCGUGGCAGCGUGGGCCGGCUGGAGGCGCGGCAUAUACACAUGCUGCUGCAGAACGAGCUGUUUAUCAACGUCGCCACGGAGAUGCACGCCGAUGGGGAGCUGAGGGGGCAGGUGGUCUCACUGCCCUACAGCGGCCUGGAGGCACUGACACAAGAGUUGCCGGUGCCCCUGGCUGGUCAGCUGGUGACUCCUCCCGUGGCCAGCAGUGCGGGGGGGCACGCUUGGGUGGCGCUGGACGAGCGAUGCCACCUGCACUACGAGAUCAUCGUCAGCGGACUCAGCAGGAGCGACGACCUGACCGUCAACGCCCACCUCCACGGAUUGGCUGAGAUCGGAGAGAUGGACGAGUCCAGCCCCAGUCAGAGGAGGUUGCUCACUGGGUUCUAUGGCUCACAGGGCAGUGGAUCUCUGAGUGUGGACCUGCUCAGGCACCUUGACCAGGGCACUGCCUACAUCCAGGUCAGCACCAAACUCAACCCACGCUGAGAUACGUGAUUGUGGGUUCAUGUGCCCAACAGUUGUGAGUUUGGUUCCCGCGGUGCUGUGGUGGAGGAGGCGGAGUUUGAUGAGCUGGUGUUUGUGCGUGAUCCUGAGGAGCUCCGGAAAGAUCCGCUGACGUGCUUCUUCGAGGGCGAGCACCACACACACGGCUCCCACUGGACUCCGCAGUACAACGCCUGCUUCAACUGCAGCUGCCAGAAGCGCACUGUCAUCUAGCAGUCAGUUAUCUCAGCCCUCUCAUGUCCACACACUCGCCAACCAGAGGACAAAUGCUGCACAUGGACAGAGUGUUUAUGUGUUUUCUCUGUCUCCUCAGAGAGGAAGGACCUGAAAGACACCAGAGCUUCAGUGAAAGCUGAGGAACACCCAGAGGGCUGCUACUUUGAGGGCGAUCAGAAGAUGCACGCCCCUGGAACCUCCUGGUAUCCUCGCCCCUUCACAUCAAUGCGCUCAGCCUGCACCUGCAAGGGUGCUACGGGGGAGGUGCAGUGUGAGAAGGUGACGUGUCCGGCCCUGACCUGCAGCCGUCCAAUCAGACGCAGCCCAACGGACUGCUGUAAGGAGUGCCCUGCGGAGGUCCCGCCCCAGGAACAGGAAGGGGAGGAGCUUAUGCAGGGGGACGGCCCACGCUCCUGUAAGUUUGGGCGGAGCUUCCACCAGCACAGCGAGCGCUGGCACCCACGGGUGCCUCUAGUGGGGGAGGUGAAGUGCAUCACCUGCUGGUGUGACCAUGGUGUAACUAAGUGUCAGAGGAAACAGUGUCCAGUGCUCAGCUGCAGUAAUGUUGUGCACCUCAACGGCAAGUGCUGCCCAGAAUGUGAAGACUCUCUAUCUAAGGAGGAUGAGGAGGCUCUCACCAAGAUCCCGACAAGGACCAACUGCGCACAGGCAGACGCCAUGAACGAGGGAUGGAAUGGAGUGAAAGAAAGCGGAGGAGAGGAAAGAGGAGGGGCCAGUGGGGAGCUGUGGAGCUGGUCUUCACACCGCAGUCUCAUUGAGUCCGUCCUGCGUACCUCCAUCAGUCACACAACAGGACAGGGACAGAGUGACCCCCACCCCUCCGAUAACCUCUUCAAGAAGCAGGACUGUAGCAGCCAAUGA